AUGGCACCUCAACCUAGCACUCUAAACCGUGAAAUGGCACCUCCACCUAGCACUAUAAACAGUGAAAUGGCACCUCCACCUAUCACUCUAAACCAGCAAAUGGCACCUCCACCUAACACUGUAAACCAUGAGAUGGCACCUCCAAAUAGCACUCUUAACAGUGAGAUGGCACCUCCAGCUAGCACUCUAAACAGUGAGAAGGCACCUCCACCUAGCACUUUAAACCGUGAGAUGGCACCUCAAUCUAGCACUCUAAAGCGGCAAAUGGCACAUCCACCUAGCAAGCCAAACUGGCAGAUGGGACCUCCACCUAGCACUGUAAAUCGUGAGAGGGCACCUCCACCUAACACUCUAAACCAGCAAAUGGCACCUCCACCUAGCACUCUAAACCGUGAGAUAGCACCUCCACCUAGCACGCUAAACUGGCAGAUGGGACCUCCAACUAGCACUGUAAAUCGUGAGAUGGCACCUCCACCUAACACUCUAAACCAGCAAAUGGCACCUCCACCUAGCACUCUAAACCGUAAGAUGGCAGCUCCACCUAGCAUUCUAAACCAGCAAAUAGCACCUCCACCUAGCACUCUAAACCGUGAGAUGGCACCUCCACCUAGCACUCUAAACUGUGAGAUGGCACCUCCACCUAGCACUCUAAACAGUGAGAUGGCACCUCCACCUAGCACUCUAAACAGUGAGAUGGCACCUCCACCUAGCACUCUAAACAGUGAGAUGGCAUCUCCACCUAGCACUAUAAACAGUGAAAUGGCACCUCCACCUAGCACUCUAAACCAGCAAAUGGCACCUCCACCUAGCACUGUAAACCGUGAGAUGGCACCUCCAUCUAGCACUCUAAACCAUGAGAUGGCACCUCCACCUAGCACUCUUAACAGUGAGAUGGCACCUCCAGCUAGCACUUUAAACCGUGAGAUGGCAACUCCACCUAGCACUCUAAAUCGGCAAAUGGCACCUCCACCUUGCACUCUAAACCAGCAAAUGGCACCUCCAUCUAGCACUCUAAACCGGCAGAUGGCACCUCCACCUAGCACUCUAAACCAGCAAAUGGCACCUCCACCUAGCACUCUAAAUCGGCAAAUGGCACCUUCACCUAGCACUCUAAACAGUGAGAUGGCACCUCCACCUAGCACUCGAAACAGUGUGAUGGCACCUCCACCUAUCACUCUAUACUGGCAGAUGGCACCUCCACCUAGCACUCUAAAUCGGCAAAUGGUACCUCCACCUAGCACUCUAAACCGGCAAAUGGCACCUCCACCUAGCACUCUAAACUAG